GGCGGAGCGUCCGCCAUUUUGUGAGAAACCGCGGACGGAGGAAGGUAGACCCAGCCGCGACCAUGUCGUCGGUCCAGCCCCCAAACGCCUUCCGCGUCCACUCUCCGCUCCAAUACCGCGUUCCUGGAAGCCAUUCUGAGGUUUAAAAUUACCACUUCGAGAGGGCGUAAGCCCCGCGGGCAAUUUACAGCAGUGUCUGCGUUAGGAAGCGGAGUCUCCGCCAUCUUGCAGAGAAAGCUGCCAGUCGGAGCGAGUGGAGAGAUAAAGAGGCCGGCCGCUGAGAGACGGGACAUCUGUUUUCCUGUUUUUGUUUGGUGUGGGGGGGUCGUCGUCGCCUGCGGAAGGACCGCCCCCUCCCCCAUGAGCGACCGCGCGCCGCGCCGGUGAACUCGCAGCGCGCAACAGCGGAAGUGAGCUUGUUUUGGGAAAGCGAGAGGAAUCCAGCCUUCAGACGGUUUUUGGACCAUGGUUCCUGUAUUCUCGUCUUGCUCGAACUCAAAAUGAGAAUAAUCUUGAGCAAUACCUCAAGGUUUGCUGUGCAAUUCAUUCUGCCGGGUAGGUUCCUGCUCAUUUCAGGUUUCCCUGGUUUCUUUAAAUCUUAAUCCUGUGCCAGUCUGUGCCCUAUGGUAUUUGAUAGAGAGUACUUGAGCUAAGUGACAUGAAGAUGGAAGCAGCAGAGAAGGCAGACUUCUCAUCCCAGGAUGGUAUUGAGGAAGCUGAUGCUUCAACGAAAGGUAUUGAGACAAAAGUUAGUGACACCAAUAAAGAAGAUGAUGGGUCAAUUCAGAAAGAGACCUCAUCUGCCAAAUUGAGAAAAGACAACCAUAGCUGUCCACCAAAGCUAAGUGGACUGUCUGCUGAACCUUGUUUGUUGAUGGAACUUGGGCAAGACUCUUCUGAAUCCCAGCUUCCAUCUGCAGAUGGUGAUAAACAAACAACUGGCGCAACCUAUGAUAGCGACUCUUCAAAUCAGUGCAUGGUUUCUCCUUCGUCCAGUGGUCAUUUGGCAGACUCUGACACACUUUCAUCUGUCGAGGAGAAUGAGGCACCUCAGGCAAAUGUGGCUGUGGACGAAGAUCCUUCGGCUGGAUCUGGUCCCGCGAUCGGCAGAAAGUCACGGCGAUCCAGGUCUGAGAGUGAAACUUCAACCAUGGCUCCUAAGAAGAAUCGCUCAUCAAAUGACAAACAAAAUGGCCGUGUGUCAAAGAUUAGAACCCAGAAACAAAAGGAACGGAUACGAUUACUACGGCAGAAACGUGAAGCGGCAGCCAGGAAAAAGUACACGUUGCUGCAGGACAGCAGUACUAGUGAUAGUGACUUGACAUGUGACUCCAGCACAAGUUCAUCAGAGGAUGAGGUCUCAGGAAAUGGCAAGAGGGCGAUUAGUGCAGAGAUUCCAGAUGGACCUCCAGUGAUAGCACACUAUGAUAUUUCUGACACUAACUCCGACCCAGAUGUUCUGAACGUCGACAGUCUUCUUGCAGCUGCUGCUGUUCAGGAGCAAUUCUCUUUUGGACAUCAUGAGUUUAAAGUGAACACUGUUAGAAACCGAGGACUGUUGGAACAAUGCAUUGCAGGUCAAGGAGAAGAGAGCUUCAUAGUUAAUGACUCUUCAGGUUUCUCUGUACCAUUAAAAGAAGAAAUCCAAAUUGCCUCCUCUGAUAGUGAGGUCGAAAUUGUAGGAAUUCAAGAAGAUACAAGAUCAGUUCAGACUAGACCCGGUGUAAUCCAGAGCUGUUCAUCAUGGAAGCAGAAUUCUCAUUCAUAUUGCAGCAGGGUCCAGCAACAACAAAUGCAUUCAUGGGCUGCCGUCUCUCAGUCAACCUGGAGUGGAGCUCCAGAGGUUGUUGACCUUACCCUCGAUGAAGAUGCUAGACGCAGAUACUUGCUGUGAGCAAUUUUCGUGUGCUGUCUUUGUUCAGUGGUGCAAGAUGACAAAGAGUAGAGGGGAAAAAAUGCUCAGUAGCUCCUUUCUAUUGUUCACAAAGAUUUAAAAAGUUGUUAUUUUGCUUUUUUCAUUGAGUGAAGUUUCUGUAUUUUUCAGCAUCCAGUACUAUCCAAAAAGGUAUGUUUCACAUUUGUCUUAAAAUGUCAAUACGUCAACAUUAUGGGACUCAUAUUGGGCGACUGAAUGUUUUUAAGUGGCUCUGUUUCUAAAAUAGUUUGUAUUUUAUGUAGUCCCAGAUUAUUUAGUAGGUUUCAGGAUUCACAUUAGGCAUGCCUAACUUGGACUUAGAUGUUUUUGAGUUAAUUUGACAUUUAAGUAUUGCAUCUAAAUUCACUAGAAAUAUAAGCAGCAAUAAAAUAGUGAACUGUGAUUUUCUCCCCUUUUCAAUUAAAUCUGCUAGUUCAGCAAAAGAUAAAUUUAUUUAAGAUUAGUGACAGGGCUUCUGUAAUAAAGGCAAAAUGAUAGGGCUCUGAGCUUGCAUAUGUAGUGCUGACUCACUAAUUACAAUAUGUGCCAUCAUUUCAGUCGAAGAAGAUCCUUCCACCUAUAAUUCCAAUUGAUGCCCUUAGUAAUGCACAGCCGAAAAGGAAAAAAUAAAGUCAUUCUUCAUCUUGAUCUAUCAGUGAAUCUAAGUUUAUUAGUGGCUUAAUCCAUGCUUCUAUCGUGCUUAAAAAAGUUUGAUUAGUUACUGAGUAAAAGUAAUUGUGUCUGUCUGUCCAAAAGGUAAUCCUAAUUUGUAUUAAUUUUCAAAAGGUUUCAUUUGGUCUUAGUAAUUGCAGACUGUUUCUCAGCUGCUAAAAUUGCAGUAUACGAAAAUGAAUUGUAAAGAAUUAUAAGUGAAAGAACAUUAUUCAUCCUUAUUCCAAUAGCACUGAUUUUAGUUAUUAUCUCAGUAAAAUAAAUUGCUAAAAUAUAGUCAAAUAAACAUUGUUAUAAUAAAUAAUUUCUCCCCAUCAAAGGUAUUUAAACAUUGGAAUGAACAAGUAAGAAAGCUUCAACUGAUCACGAAGGUUCUUAUUAAACUUCUUAUUUGAUAGGAAUAUGUUGAUAAUUUAUUUUGAUUGGAAAAGAAAGUAGUUAUAGGUAGGACCAAAAGAAAAAUCUUACUCCCAAAGCUUCCAUGGGACUGUAAUUGGAAGGAAUAAUUUGUUAAAAAAAACUUUUUCCAAAGGUUGAAACAGCCAGGAACAAAUAGUUCUGAAAACUGUAUUCCCAUUAUGUUUUCUACCCAAGGGAAUUUGAAGCAUCAGUAGUAGCGUACUGAAUGCUGCAUUAACUUUGUGGCUUAUUUUAUCCCUCAGGCAUCUUUAUCAUUUUAGUUUCUAGAUUGUCUGGUUGCCACUUGUGAUAUGGUGGCCUGAAAUAAAACUUGUAAAAUCUUGGAAGAAACUUAGUGUAUGACACUAUAAUAGCUGUGCAACACAAUGCAUUUUUAUAAGCACUUGAUUUACCUGUUAUGCUCAGAUAAGUUUUAUUUGGUGAUGUACACCAAGAUGAAAGAGUAGUUCACUGAGUAAUUGCGUAACUGUACUGAUUCAAGGGAUCAGAAUAUUCUCAGGUUUUGCUGACAUCAGCUUGACCCCCCUGCCCAUGAUCUGUGCCAGAAAGUUACAUGUACGUAGUUGCACAUGAGAAUGGAAUUGAUAUUGUAUGUGAUCUUCCCUGUGGUGGAAAAGGUACAGACCCUGGUUGAAUCAUAGAAUCUUGCACUAUAUAGAAGUCAUUCAGUAUGGAAGCAUCUAAUUAGUCCUUCAACCUGUUUUUCCCCACAGCCAUGCAAAUUUUAUGUAAAGAAUGGCCAGUAGAGAAAAGUGCUUGAAGGAAGUCAGUGUUGGGAGCUGUUCUAUACUCUCCAUACAUUAAGAAAACUGUUAUCUGAGCAGAUAUGUUUGCAUUAGCACGGUGGUAAAUUUAUUUACAAAGUUGUUGAAAAUGGGUCCUGUAAAUUGAAGCAGUGCUAAGUGUUUCAGCAGCCUUCAAUUGCAGAUCAAAGACUUGUUCAUCUUAGCAUCUUGGAGAGUACUGAAUGAGUACCAAGACUGAAUUCCUGGAGACUUUAUGUGGAAACGUGCCUUUUUGGUUACCUGAUGUAAGCGGUUAUUCUUAAAAGUCACUAAAACCUGGUUUAUGUGGUAAUAGUGUCUGAGUUUUGAUUUAAUUUGUGUUAGUCAAGGUCUUCUUGCUUUUUUCCAAAACAUCUAGUAUUAAAAGUUUUGUGCAUUUAUGUUUAAGUAACAACAGAUUUUUUUUGUUCCUGAGUUCCUUCAGUUAGUGUCUAAUGUUAAUUAUACUAGGUUAUUUAAAUUGGGACAAGUUAGGGAGUGUUUAAAUUUAAGUGCAGUAUCUUCAUUGCUUUGAAAGUGAUUAGAUUCCAAGGAUGGGCUGAUGCUCUGCUUUUGACAAUUGCAGUUUCUAUCUUUAGAGGUUGCUUCCUAAGCUGUUGGCAGGCUACAGUAGACUCUUGUCUGCAGAUUCCUAGGCCAUGAUAGUCAGCUUCCCGUAACACAUGUAGCAAAGAAAAGCAAAGGACCCUCUCCUUUCAAAUUAAAGACAAUACAUCCACCUGAAAUGCAAAAAUUUAAAUUUUUGGUUAUGGAUUUUGAUGAUCACAAGGUCAAAAGAAGGCAUUUUAUACACAAGGUAUAUUACCUCAGAUACAUGUCAUGUUUAAAAAGCAAAACCGCCCAAUGUCUUAAAGGCUUAACUGGUAUUUGAGAGGGUAACUUUACUAUUUGACAAGUUUUUCUUGGGCUUAUGGUACUAUCACAUGACCAGAACCAAACUCGUAUUCUAUCUAAUUUAAACUAAAAUCUUAUAGCACAAUGUAAUCUGAACCAACUUUAUACCGUGACACCUUCUUCAAAUAGUGGGGAUAGCCUGGUUUUAUAUGCCUAUUGCAUAAUACUGAGUGAUAAUGGACAACUCCACCUGAAAAGUAAGGCGUAGAUGCUAUCAUAUCUAGCACUUAAUAAUGCUGUUUUUACAGAGAAGGGCUUUUUAAAAAAAAAUGUAUUGGAUCUCAGUACUGCUACUUUCAGGUGGAAUAGCAUCACUGCAUCGCACAGUGUGUUUACUGAGUUACUACUUAACCAUGCUUUGUGAUCCUCAUUGUACAAAUUUGCAUCGGUUUUCAGUCCACAAAAUCAUUUUCUCAUCUUCAAGAUUCUCAACUUGUUUUUGUAAUCUUGCAAUAAAUGUGUUCCACCUCAGGACAAAGUGAAAGAGCCAUUGCUUGAAUCUUUGGGAAAAGUAAAUAAAAUUAAAACCUGCGCAGUGAAGCAUGUAUUUAUUGCACAGCCUAGGUCUUUUUUGAACAGGAAAGCUUUCAUUAAUGUUGGCAUGCUUGUUCACUAGAGAGGAACUUCCAGUUCAAUAGAUGGAGAGAAAAUGUCUCCAUUCAUUUUAGCAAAAAGAGGUGAUAUGUGUUCCAGUAGUGCAAAGGCUGUUAAAACAAAUUGUUAUAUUUAGGUUUGCUUGACAUGCUCAUGAAUCCUCACCUAUGAAGGGAAUGCUGGCUUCUUAGAAAGGUAGUAAGUAGCCAUGGAUCCUUGCCUGUUUAACUGUUUUGCAUUCUGUCUUAACUCAAGUUGUGCUUGGCUCCAAUGGUAAAAUGCAAAUCUUUUUUGAAGUUUAAUUUAGGUUAUUGAAUGAAUUAUUAUUCAAACAAAUGUUACAUCUGAAUUAAAUGAAACUAAACUAGAUCCCUACAUUAUCCUUUACCUGCUAUGUCACCAAUUACCUUCACUCAAUAAUAUUGCAUUUUCAUUUUCAUAAUGGAUCUAUCCCUCCCUAAAAUUGCAGAUCAAUAUUCAAACAACUUGUUUUAAAUCUUUUCCCUACAAAAAAUUAUCUUUGCUAAAAUAAAGCAUGAACCAUUAUCACUAACACUUUUUGUGGUUUUCAGCGCACAUGAUGUUGUAAUUUUUGUGCAAAUUUUGUGCUUUCAUAUUGAUUGAUCUCCGUUUUCUAUUGCUGUAUGUAUCAGCAAUAUUCAAUGGAUAUCCUAUGACAAAUGAGUGACCAGAAUCAGCACAUAACAUUCUUGGAAACUGUUUGCAUCAGUAUCUUGGUAUUUAAUACGUUAGAAACCUGGAAGCUCGUAUUGGGCAUCAUGAAUAUAUUAUGCAUUAACUUUCCUCAUUAGAGAAAUCUCUGGGGAAACUGUAAUGCACUGCUGGUGUUCAACUCAGUGGCAUAUCUAAUGCCCUGUUGUGAUGUUUUUCUGAUGCUUUUGUUUAAAUUGAGGAUGGUUUAUGUAUUUGAUAAUCUUUGGCAUAUGUUGUGCCCCUGAAUCUUUGUAAUCGAGGACUGAGCAAUGACUUAAGCAGUGUUAUGGGAGAACAAUGGAGGACAUCUCUUCAGCUGAUUGUUUCAAGUUUGAUGCAGCAUGAUUCACAUGCUCAUUUCAAAGUGUGGCCCAGUAAAGAAUUCUUUACUGAUUUUGGAAGCGUGGAAAGAAUUAAAAAACAGGUAAAUUUAACAGGUUGAGCAGUAACAGUAGAGUCUGCCCAUUCGGUGUUGUGGUUGAGUCAGGUAAAGCAGAUAAAAUAUGUUUUUCCCUCAGAUUAAUCUUCCUAACCUUCAUCUUUCCAGUUAAGUUACAAAGGGCUCUGAGUAAAUGUGAAAUGAUGUGUGAUAUUGAGCCAUGCUCAUCAGAUAUUGUCUUGUUUUGAUCCUGAGUAAAGUGACCUGAGCAUGUUUGGAGCUAGGAGCAUUAUAAUUAGCCUUAAUGUUUUGCAGCAGUUAUAGUAUGCCAAAAUUAAGGAGGUCCGGUUGUUAUCAUCUCUGAAUUAUUAUGCAACGAUCCAUGUGGAAAGUUGUAUGUAUAUAAUGUAAGAUGAAAAAUAAUAUUUGGUUUGGUUACAAUGCCCUCGUUGUAAAAUAUUCUGAAUACAUUCAGUGUCUAAGCUUGUAUUUGAAGAAUUUCCACUGAUGAUGGAUUGUGGGGCUAAACAGUAUCCAUGGGAACAUACCCAAGCAUGAUUCAGAACCUGAAGGGUGAAACUUUGGAAGGAGGUUGAAGAAACCGUCGAGUAGAUCAUAGUUAUGGCUGAAAGAGGACAAACUUGAGAUGAUGACGAGUGCAUGAACUCCACAUAGACUUGCUCAGUACAGAGAGUUGUAUGAUUCACGUUGGAACUUAGCUGGUUGGAAGAAAUUCAAAAAUCAUAAAAACAAGAUGGGAACUAAAUAAAGAGGGUGCAAUCUAAUGUUAUCAGAAGGAGUAAAUAAAGAGGGAAUUUGCUUAUCUGCUAGUUAGAGGUAUUAUAGUGCAGAAUUUCACCUUGUAGCAAAUCAGAGUUCUAGUGUAUAACAAACAAGCAUACAUAUUCACCUCCACAACUACUACUGUUUAAAUCUGGACACCCAGGCAGUGUGAAGGUUAGUUUGUAUUUUCAGAACCAUCUUUCGAUUGACAUUUUAUAUCAUUUUUCUGUUAAAUUCUUUUGUGUGGGAAUGGAAUAAAUGUUAUUUUCUACUGAAGACCAGUGCCCACAAUGAUAACAGCAAGAACAAAAGGAAUUGAGGUAUUAUAUUGCUUGUAAGUUUCAUUAAAGCAUAAAAAUUGUAUAGAAUUAUUACAAAUGUUUUAUGCGCGAUAUAAGGGAGCAAUUCUAAAUAAUCCUCAGCAUGUAAAUUUUGAUCUUGUGAGAUUGCACUAAUUAUGGAUUUUGUUUUGCCCCCGCUCAGUAUUGAUUUUUUUCUGGAAAAAUGUAAAUACUGUUUGUGCUGCCUUGUAUGGAGCUGUGGUGGCAGUGUAUAGAUUUUUAACUGUUAUGCAGUGAUUAUAUGAAAUAGAAAAAUUGAGACAGGAGAAUAAAAAUUUAACUUUUAAACAU